AUGGAGCAUGAAGACACCACCAGCACGUUGGCUGAGCCCGUGACCAAUGAAGAUCUUGAUGGUGAUGACCCGGAGACCUCAGAAGCAGUUGCUGGUGCUAAGAAAUCAAAACGGAUUUUGACCCGUCGAGAGAAACUGAUCCUGGCCGCCAAGGCCAGGAUCAGACGCAUGGUUCAAGCCAAGAAGAAAAGAACUGAUUUGGCCACCCCAGAUUGGUUGAAGCAGGAAUGGGAGAAAGGGACUGAGCAAAAGGAUUUGAUGGCAGACACCUUGCUAUCGCUGAACUGGGACAAGGCUGGAUUCAUCAAUGAAAUGGAGAAGAUCAUCACUUCCCGUAAGCGUGUCACCGUGAAACGUGAAGUUGGUUGGUAUAGCGAAGCUGAAAUGAAGACAGAUUUGGCUUGGUCUCAGUCGAAGAUAGCUGGUGCAAAGAGUUUUUGCACUGACCCAUCCCGGAUUGCCACGCACUGCCGGCAAGGGGCCUAG